AUGGGGAUAAAGGUUGGAUUCUAAGGCCAGGGUGGCUCCCGGAAAGACACGCUUUAGUUGGAAGGCGGGUUGAGUGCCUGAUGGGUGAGUGCACCUCCUUCCGCACAGCGCCCGCCCGGGAAACUGCACGCGGCUCCCCCACCCCCGGCUCCCACGCAGACGGUAGUGCGGCCUUGCGGGGCUCCCCCCCCCCCCCGGCGGGCAAGGCUAAUGGUUCGCUCCGCCCCGCCCACACAGAGGCCGCCCACUGGCCCCAGCCGUGACUGGGGACUCCUCGGGCGGAUCUGA